AUGUCUGUUGGAGGAAGAGGUAGCUCAUCACGUGGAAAUAUUUCAAGAAGGGGUCAUGCGCCGUUGCCAAAUCUUUCCAUUGCGGGAAAACGUGAGACAAAAUGCGAAUCAACGGGAACAAAAGAGACUCGGCGAGCAGGGAAGCGUGAAAGAGGAGGACGUGGGAGAUGUGGACAUAAUCGAGGUCGAGAAACGGGAAGACAACACUUUAUAGAACAGCAAGGAAUAUUUUCAUUCAGUUUAAAUGAUGAUGGGCGACAUAAUAGAGUGAAAAGUAACAUAUCGAACGAAUUGCGCACGAUAAGUCUUGGACGAGUGAAGAAAGUAGAUCCCGAGGAUGCAAAAAAGGAAAGUGAUAUAAACUCUAUAACAUAUGAAACAGAAUGGUUGUCUGAUGAAGAAGCUGAUAACGAAGAACUGCAAGAAUUGCUACGGGAUGGGUUCUUGUCAGACUUGAAACCGGGGAAAGUUAUUCCACUGGUUUUACCGGAAACGGAACAAGAACAAUUCCAGCAGUUAGUUAAGAAAGAGAUAAAUGUGGAAAAUGGUUGUGAAUCCAUGGAUAUAGACUCUUUGCUACCAGCGAAGAAAAAAAGGAAGGACAAUCAGCACAUUAAACCAGAAUGUGAAUUUGAAGAGGACAUCAAAAAACUGAGGGAGUUGGAAAGUGUUAACACAGUAUUGGAUCCAACCGCAACAAGCAGUCGUAGGGCAGCUACCAUUAUGCGGAAAAUUCAAAAAGACGAAGAUGGUUCAGUUUUGAUGCUGCAGUUACCAAGUACCUUGUCCGCUAUUAAGAACUCAGCCAAUCAAGAAGAUACAAUGGAAAGAUCGAAGUCCGAAGAGAACACAUAUCCAACAUUAAAACAUUGUCUUGAUGGUUUUGCAAAUGGUAGCAAAAUUGGAAAACUGCGAAUACGAAAAGGAGGCCGUAUGGAGCUGUCAUUUUGUGGGAUGCCUUUGGAUGUAACUUGCGGUGUUGCUACAAAAUAUAAUGAGUCAGUUUUGCUAAUUGAUUCUGAAAGUCAAACAACUUCGACGAUCAAAAGCGAAUGUGGCGAUGAACAGUCACCAUGCAGAGGUUAUAUUCUAGGUACAAUUGUUGGUUCUUUUGUUUGUUCGCAUAAUCUUCCAGAGGCUCUUGAUGGUAAGCGAGAGGAGCAACAACGAGACAAACGAAAAUUCUAUGAGAUUAAAAACCAACAAGAUGAAAGGGAAGAUCUGGAAAUGAAAGACUUGCUUUUGGAAUUAAAUUCAAUUGAAAAGAAAGAAGAAUCUUGGUCAAAAUGGACCUUAGAAUACUCAGAUUCUUUGAAAUACGAUGAUUCAUAG